UGUUGCCGUGCGAGUUGUGCUGUCUUGCAUGGGCAUCGAACUGGCCCAGUGGUGGCCUCUGGGGCGAUGGGGGGUGGCCUUAGUGAUCGCAAGCUACAUGAGCGUCAGUGGUUUGAAGAAGAAGUCGCUCAACCGAAGCGGGGCAAUGGCGGCGUUCUUCGUCGGGUUGGUUUCACUCGGACUCUCUCUGCGCUUUGGCCUGACUUUGAUCCUCUUCUACAAGUCGAGCUCCAUCCUCACCAAAGUCGGCUUCGAGCGCAAGGCCAAGCUCACAGAUGACUACAAGGAAGGGGGACAACGCGGCGCCGCCCAGGUGUUGUCGUGCUCCCUCUUCGCAACCAUCCUAGCGGUGUACCACACGGUUGUGACGGGGGCAGGAGACAGCCUCGUGGACUUCGAGCCCGACCCGCUGGCCGGAGCGCUGCUCUGCGCUUACCUCGGUUUCUACGCGUGCUGCGCGGGCGACACUUGGAGCUCGGAACUCGGGGUUCUCAGCAAAACACCUCCUCGACUGAUCACCAAGCCAUGGAAAACCGUUCCUCCCGGGACGAACGGAGGGAUGUCGCUGAUGGGGACGGUGGCAUCCGCGGCCGCCGGUGUGGUGAUGGGCGCCGGCUUUGUUUGCUUCGGCUGGGUCUUCCGGCUGUCCCCACCAUCCCCGGCUGGACACAGCAGUCCCUCCUCCUCCUCCUCCUCCUCCUCCUCCUCCUCCUCCUCGCAACUCCCUCUGGUUUUGCUCGGGGGCGUGAGCGGGCUGGCGGGGUCUAUCCUCGACUCGCUCAUGGGCGCCGUCCUACAGGCGUCGUACUUUGACACGUGA